AUGGAGCAACUGACACCCCUCCCCCGGCCGGGGGACCCCGGAAACAUGGAGCCAUGGGCACUGCCCGCCUGGCAGAGCUGGACUCCAGGCCAGGGGGGCGAACCUGGAGGUGCAUCUCCAAGCAUUGCCGAUACUCCGGCAGCUCUGCGUGUUGGAGAACUGAGGCCUGAGGAGAGCUCCGAGCCCGAGGGAGCCCGAAGCCCCGGGCCUGUGGGGGGCAUCCAGCCUGAAAGAACAGAAACUGGGCUGCCCAGCCCCGGGCCGGGAGCAUCGAGCUCUGGACUCGGCUGCCAGACGCUGGAGGACGAGGAGGUGGAGGCUUUCUCUAAGGGCAAGCGGAAAAUGGGCUUUGGGGACAGGCCCAAUCUGGAGCUGCUGAGGGCCGUGGGGGAGCUGCAGCAGCGCUGUGCCAUCCUUAAGGAGGAGAACCAGAUGCUGAGGAAGAGCAGCUUCCCCGAGACGGAGGAGAAGGUGCGGAGACUGAAGCGGAAGAACGCAGAGCUGGCGGUCAUUGCCAAGCGCCUGGAGGAGAGAGCCCGGAAGCUGCAGGAGACUAACCUGCAGGUGGUGAGCGCUCCCAUGCCCAGUCCAGGGGCCAGCUUGGAGUUGUGCCGGAAGGCCCUGGCCCGCCAGCGAGCCCGGGACCUCAGUGAGACAGCCAGUGCCCUGCUGGCCAAGGACAAGCAGAUUGCUGCCUUGCAGCGGGAGUGCAGGGAGCUGCAGGCCAGGCUCACCCUGGCUGGCAAGGAGGGCCCCCAGUGGCUCCACGUGCGGGACUUCGACCGGCUGCUGCGGGAGUCCCAGCGGGAGGUACUGCGGCUGCAGAGGCAGAUCGCCCUGCGCAACCAGAGGGAGCCGCCCCCGCCGCCUCGGCCCCCAGGCCGGGCCGCCCCGGCCAGAGCAGGGGCGCCCGCCCCCGGGGCCCCGGGAGAGGCCACGCCCCAGGAGGAUGUGGAAAACCCACCCGUGGUCCUAGGGGAGCCAGAGAAACAGCAGAGGGUGCAGCAGCUGGAAUCAGAGCUCAGCAAGAAGCGGAAGAAAUGCGAGAGCCUGGAGCAGGAAGCCCGGAAAAAGCAGAGGCGAUGUGAGGAGCUGGAACUGCAGCUGAGGGAAGCCCAGAGUGAGAAUGCCCGCCUCGUGGAGGAGAAGUCUCAGCUCAGUGCGAGAGCCACGGAGAAGGAGCAGGUGGAAUGGGAGAAUGUGGAGCUGAGGGGCCGGCUCCUGGGAGUGACGCAGGAGAGGGACUCGGCCCUUCUCAAGAGCCGGGGCCUGCAGAGCAAGCUGGAGAGCCUGGAGCAGGUGCUGAAGCACAUGCGGGAGGUGGCCCAGCGGAGGCAGCAGCUGGAGCUAGACCAUGAGCAGGCCCGGCUUAGCCUGCAGGAGAAGCAGGAGGAGGUCCGGAGGCUGCAGCAGGCCCAGGCAGAAGCCCAGAGGGAACACGAAGGGGCCGUGCAGCUGCUGGAGUCUACCCUGGAUUCCAUGCAGGUCCGGGUUCGAGAGCUGGAGGAGCAGUGCCGCAGCCAGACCGAGCGCUUCAGCCUCCUGGCGCAGGAGCUCCAGGCCUUCCGCCUGCACCCGGGCCCCUUGGAUCUGCUCACCUCCGCCCUGGGCUACAGUACCCUUGGGGAACGCCCGCCACCCCCCUGCUGCUGUUCCACCCCCCAGCCCUGCCGGGGAUCUGGCCCCAAAGACCUUGACCUCCCGCCAGGCUCCCCAGGGCGCUGCACCCCAAAGUCUUCCGAGCCUGCCCCUGCCACCCUUGCUGGGGGCCCCCGAAGGACGGCCAAGAAGGCAGAGUCUCUCUCCAACUCCUCUCGCUCCGAGUCCAUCCACAACAGCCCCAAGUCAUGCCCUACGCCCGAGGUGGACACAGCCAGUGAGGUGGAGGAGCUGGAGGCAGACAGCAUCUCCCUGCCGCCAGCAGCACCGGAGGGCAGCCGAGGAGGAGCCAGGAUCCAGGUCUUCCUCGCUCGCUACAGCUACAACCCCUUUGAGGGUCCCAAUGAGAACCCAGAGGCAGAGCUUCCGCUUACCGCUGGCGAGUACAUCUACAUCUAUGGCAACAUGGACGAGGAUGGCUUCUUUGAAGGGGAGCUCAUGGAUGGCCGAAGGGGCCUGGUCCCUUCCAAUUUUGUAGAGCGUGUGUCCGACGACGACCUCCUGACCUCCCUGCCUCCAGAGCUGGCUGAUCUGUCCCACAGUUCAGGCCCUGAACUCAGUUUCCUGAGCGGAGGCGCGGGCGGCAGCAGUAGCGGGGGCCAGAGCAGCGGGGGACGCAGCCAGCCCAGAACAGAGGAGGAGGCUGCAGGGGACGAGCUCAGGCUGAGCCCCUCGCCCGAGGGCCUGGGUGAGCCCCCUGCCGUGCCUCACCCCCGCUGUCUGGCUGUCCUCAAGCAGCUGGCCCACAGCGUGGUGCUGGCCUGGGAGCCGCCUCCUGAAUGCGUGGAGCUGCGUGGCUACCACGUCUGUGUGAAUGGGGAGCUGCGGCAGGCCCUGGGGCCCGGGGCGCCCCCCACGGCUGUGCUUGAGGAUCUGGACCUGCACACUGGGCCCCUCCGUGUCUCUGUUCAGGCCCUGACCAGCUGGGGCGGCUCUGACCCUCUGCGCUGUUGCUUGGUGCUAGGGGCCCGGGCCGGGGUGGCACCUAGCCAGCUGCGGGUCCAUCGACUGACAGCCACGUCCGCUGAGAUCACCUGGGCGCCCGGCAAUAGCAACUUGGCCCAUGCCAUCUACCUCAAUGGGGAAGAGUGCCCCUCCGCCUGCCCUAGCACCUACUGGGCCACCUUCUGCCACCUGCGGCCUGGUACACUCUAUCAGGCCCGAGUGGAGGCUCAGCUCCCACCUCGAGGGUCCUGGGAACCAGGCUCGGAGAGGCCAGAGCAACGGGCUGCCACCCUGCAGUUCACCACACUCCCAGCAGGCCCACCCGAUGCCCCCCUGGAUGUGCAGAUUGAGCCAGGGCCCUCCCCUGGCAUCUGGAUCAUCAGCUGGCUCCCGGUAACAAUUGAUGCUGCUGGCACCUCCAACGGCGUCCGGGUCACAGGCUAUGCCAUUUAUGCUGAUGGUCAGAAGAUCAUGGAGGUGGCCUCCCCCACGGCAGGCAGCGUGCUGGUGGAGCUGUCGCAGCUGCAGCUGCUGCAGGCGUGCCGCGCGGUGGCCGUGCGCACCAUGUCGCCCCACGGCGAGUCGGCCGAUUCCGUCGCGGCCCCCGUCGCCCCCGCCCUGGCUGAGGCCUCCUCGCCAGCCAGGGCCUCCUGCCCCUCCCCACGGCUGGGCUCGGAGACCAGGCCGCCCCUUGCUCCAGCCUCCCCGGGGCCUGGAGACCCCAGCUCUCCCCUCCGGUGCCCCAACCCCCAUGGAACUCGAGAGCCCCCCGGGGGCUCCCCAGCAAGCUCUCCCGCAGAGACACCGAAAGGAUCCUCAGAGGAGCCCCCAGUGCCUGGCUCUCAGGAGGAGGCUGGGGCAGCUGCGCUGGGUGCCCCAGGGGACAGGAAGGCCAGUGAGCCGACCUCGGGAGAGCGAGUUCCUGGCCCUGCAGCUUCCUCCCUGGCCGAGGAGGAGGCGGGGUGGACCGCGGGAGAGGCCCGCCCGGCCCCUGGCUCCCCGCAGGGAGCUCUGGCCCAGAGGCUCCCCUGUGCUGAGGCCUGCCGUGGAGGAGACACAGGGCCUGGGCUGAGGCCCAGGGCUGAGAGAGAGGACACGGCCGAGCUUGCGGUCCGUCUGGGGAGCUCCCUUGCGGACCAUGGCCGCAACUCAGAUCUGUCAGACAUCCAAGAGGAGGAGGAGGAGGAGGAAGAGGAGCUGGGUGUCAGGACUUGCUCUUUCCAGAAGCAGGUUGCUGGCAACAGCCUCAGGGACAAUGGGACCAAGCCCCAGCCCGACCCCUUCUGUGAGACUGACAGCGACGAGGAGAUCUUGGAGCAGAUCCUGGAGCUGCCUCUCCAGCAGUUCUGCAGCAAGAAGCUCUUUAGCAUCCCCGAGGAGGAGGAGGAAGAGGACGAGGAGGGGCCGGGGGCAGGCUCUUCUUCCCGAGACCCUGACCCACCCGAGCCUGCAUUCCUGGGGCUGGGCUGUGACAGCGGUUGGCCCCGAGGACCUGGCCUGUGUCCUCUGUCUCCCGAGCCCUCCAGGGCUGGGGACCGCCUGGAGGACAUGCCUGGACUAGUUGGUGGAAGCAGCUGGAGAAAAGGAAGUGGCUCCCCCGAGAAGCCCCGCAACCGCAGGCGGUCCCCAGAUCCUCGUGAACACUGCAGCCGACUUCUCAGCAACGGCGGGCCCCAGGCCUCUGGGCGACCAGGCCCCGCCCGGGAGAGGGGCGGCCCCGCCGUGGGCGAGGGCACCAGGGCUGGACCAGAGGCUGGUGGGAGAGGGCGGCCGGCCCCUUCGAGGAGGUGCCCCCGUGGCCCAGCCCCAGAAUCGGGCCUGGCCAGCUGCCUCUCCCCCAAGUGCUUGGAAAUCAGCAUCGAAUAUGAUUCUGAAGAUGAGCAAGAGACGGGCGGCGGGAUCAUCAGCGUCACCAGCUCCUGCUACCUCGGAGAUGGGGAGGCGUGGGGUGCAGCACCCACGGGAAGGCCCAGGGGGCCUCCGAAAGCCAAUUCAGGCCCCAACCCCUACCCACGCCUCCCGGCCUGGGAGAAAGGGGAGCCAGAGCGGAGAGGCCGCAGUGCAACUGGCAGAGCCAAGGAGUCACCCUCCCGGGCAACAGAGACCGGGGAGCCCAGAGGGCAGGACGGCUCUGGGCGGAGGGGCCCCCAGCGGAGAGGGGCCCGGGCCCCCAGGCCAGGCUCCGCGGAGCUGGCCCCUCCGAGGAGCCCUCCAGAAGAAGCACUGGCUUACCGGGACCUACCUGUCAGGGUCUUUGUGGCUCUGUUUGACUAUGACCCCGUGUCGAUGUCUCCCAACCCUGAUGCCGGGGAAGAGGAGCUCCCCUUCCAGGAGGGCCAGAUCCUGAAGGUGUUUGGGGACAAGGAUGCCGAUGGCUUCUAUCGGGGUGAAGGCGGGGGCCGGAUGGGCUACAUCCCCUGCAACAUGGUGUCCGAGGUGACUGCGGACAGUCCUGCAGGGAGACAGCAGCUGCUCCAGCGGGGCUAUUUGUCCCCGGAUGUUCUCGUCGAGGGUUCAGGGAACGGCCCCUUUGUCUACUCCACAGCUCGCACGGCUGGGCCUCCCCCCAAGCCCCGCCGCUCCAAGAAAGCUGAGUCGGAAGGCCCUGCCCAGCCCUGUGCAGGCGCCCCCCAGCAGGUCUCCUCUACUGGCCUGAAAGCUUCCCGCUCCAUGGUGGCCGCAUUUGACUACAACCCCCGAGAGAGCUCCCCCAACAUGGAUGUGGAGGCAGAGCUGCCCUUCCGGGCAGGGGACGUCAUCACUGUGUUCGGGGGCAUGGACGAUGAUGGUUUCUACUAUGGGGAACUGAAUGGACAGCGGGGCCUGGUUCCAUCCAACUUCUUGGAGGGCCCUGGGCCUGAGGCAGGCGGCUCAGACAGGGAGCCCGGGACACCCCAGGCCGAGGAGCAGAGAACGAGGAGGAGAAGAGUCCAGUGCUAG